AUGAAGAUCUUUGUCGGCCUCGUCUCGGUAGCCGCCGCCAUCACCACUAUCCACGCGGCCGCUGUCCUUCCGCCCUGUCCCGAUGUGUGCACUCAGGAGUACGAUCCAGUCUCCGACGAGACGGGUACGCAGUAUUCCAACGAAUGCAUGAUGCGGAUGGCCAAAUGCGUGGAGAGCAAGGAGGUGGUCGAUCCAGUGGAAGAGUACGAGCGACUCUAUGGCAAGAAGUUUGGCGUCCCGCGUGAUGGUGAUGGUGCUGGCAAUUCCGCCAACAAGGGCAACAACAGCGGUGAUGCGCCAAAAGACGGUGGCUCUGCUAACGACAAGCCGAAGGCGCGCUGUCCCAACGUCUCGUGCCCUGCUGUGUACAAUCCCGUGUACGACGAAGACGGUACGGAGUACCCGAACAAGUGCACCAUGGAUGAUGCGAAGUGCGUAGGACCUAGAGAAGACGUCUUGGAGGAGUACGAGAGGAUCUACGGUAAGAAAUUUGGAGAAGGCCGUGAAGGCAUCACAGCUUCUGUCCAGAAGAGGCUGCGACAGUAA